AUGAAGCGCCGGGGGCUCUGCCAGGGGCUCUACUGGCUGCUGCUGCCGCUCGCCCUGCUGGCCGCCUGCCUUUUCCGCUACAAUGUGCUGUCCCUGGUGUACCUGCUCUUCCUGCUGCUCCUGCCCUGGUUCCCGGGGCCCUCCUCACGCUUUUCCACAGGUCACGGCAGCCGCAUCCUCAAGGCUCUGCUGGGGAUCAGCCUCCUCUUCCUCCUCGCCCACCUGGUUUUCCAGAUCUGCCUGUACACGCUGCCCGCCCUGGACCAGCUGCUGGGGCCCAGCUGCAGCUCCUGGGAGGUCUUUGCUCGGCACAUUGGGGUCACCAGGCUGGACUGGAGUGACAUUCCCAACUCGGUGCGGCUGGUGGCACCCGACGUUGGCAUCCUGCUGGUCUCGUCCGUGUCGCUGUGCCUGUGCUGCCGCCUCAGCCCUGCCCCUGCCGCCUCCAGAGGGAAUCCCGAGCCCCUGGAGCCCUCUGAGUGGAGGGACGAGAAGGACGCGGGGCGGCAGCGGAGGGCGCGGAGGGACUCGAGGCUGCGGAGCCGCCUGCGGGACAAGGCUCAUUCCCUGCUCUGGGAGGCUGGCAAGGGCCUGGCGUUCCUGCUGCUGGCCCUGGCAGGGAUCACCCUGCCCUCCGCCUCCUCCAGCGUCUACUUCCUGCUCUUCAUGGGGCUGUGCACGUGGUGGGCCUGCCACCUGCCCUCCAGCCAGCAGGCCUUCAACGGCCUCUGCGUGCUCCUUGGCAUCUACAGCGCCUGCCACCUGCUCUGCCUCUAUGCCUACCAGACCCCCUUCGUGCAGGGGCUGUUCCCACCCCCCACCAUCUGGGCACGGGUGUUUGGCUUCAAGGACAUCAUCCUGUACCACAACUGCUCGCAGCCCAACGUCCUGGACCUCAACAACAGCCACCCCUGGCCUGUCUACGCCAACCCUGGCAUCCUGCUCCUGCUCUACUACACCUUGGCCACCCUGGUGAAGCUGCGCCGGCGGGAGGUCAAGAGAGCUGCGGCACCGGCACGGCCGCGCCCGAGGGACCUGGUGGAGCUGGAGAGCUGGCCCCAGGACACUCCCCAUGUGGCUGAGGACACCAAGCCCAUGCUGUACCCCAACACUGGGAAACGGAGCGCCAGCAGCGAGAACUGCACCGUCCACAUCCUGAACCCACGCAGGAGGCAUCCGGCGCCGUGGCUGCACACCGUGGGCCACCUCCUCAUGAAGCAGAGCUACGUGGCUGCCCUCAUCGCCAUGAUGGUGUGGAGCAUCACGUACCACAGCUGGCUGACCUUCGUGCUGCUGCUGUGGGCGUGCCUGAUCUGGACGGUGCGGAGCCGCCGGCACUUCGCCAUGCUGUGCUCGCCCUUCCUGGUGCUCUACGCCAUGGGCCUGUGCGGCCUGCAGUACGUGUGGGCCAUGGACGUGGCCGCCGAGCUGCCCACCCGCUUCAGCUUCGUGAAGCUGCAGCCGCUGGGGCUGGUGCACCCGAGCUACCCCUGCAUGGUGCUGGGGGCCAAGCUCCUGUUCACCCUCACCUUCUGGAUGCUGCUGCGGGGCUUCGUUGGCGAGAAGGUGCUAAAGAGUAAGGCGCUGGCCACGUCUGUCACGGACACAGAAGCCAGCCAGAUGCGGGACGUGCUGCAGAAGCUGGGCGAGGUGCUGAGGGAUUUCUUUGCCAAGUUCUGGAUCUGCGUCUGCGCCGUGCAGUUCAUCGUGGUGACCUUCGCCGGCCGCCUCGUCCUCUACAAGAUCGUCUACAUGCUGCUCCUGCUCCUGUGCCUCAUGCUGUUCCAGGUGUACUACAGCCUGUGGCGCAAGGUGCUCAAGGGCUUUUGGUGGCUGGUGGUGGCCUACACCAUGCUGGUGCUCAUCGCCACCUACACGUACCAGUUUGAGGACUUCCCCAUGUACUGGAGGAACAUUACAGGGCUCAACGAUGACCAGCUGAGCGACAUGGGCCUGCAGCAGUUCAGCGUCUCCAAGCUCUUCUCCAGCAUCCUCAUGAUGGGUUUCUUCCUGCUGGCCUGCAUCCUGCAGCUCCACUACUUCCACGAGCCCUUCAUGCAAAUCACCGACCUGCAGCACAUCCGGCCCCCCUCUCUGGCCUCCUCCUACAUCCACAGGUCUGAGGAGCUGCAUGGGAGCCGCCUGCUGCGGGAUGCAGCUGCCUCUGAGACCACCCACUCCCGAGACUCAGACACGGCGUCCCUGGUGUCCAACAAAUGGGGGCUGGUGCUGGAGCGCCUGGUGGUGCUGGGCCGCACCUUCUCGGACAAGAUGACGCGGAGCGAGGUGUUCGUGAGGCGCCUGCUGGAGCUCCACGUCCUCAAGCUGGUGGCUGUCUACACUGUCUGGGUGGCCCUGGAGGAGGUCUCGUUGAUGAACUUCUUGCUGGUGCUGCUGUGGACCCUGGCCGUGCCCUACUGCCGCUUCCGCCACAUGGCCUCGUGCCUCUCCACCGUCUGGACCUGCAUCAUCAUCGUCUGCAAGAUGCUCUACCAGCUGGAGGUCGUGGACCCCCACGAGUACUUCAGCAACUGCACCCAGCCCCUGCCCAACGGCACCAACCUGACCCCAGAGGAGCUGAGCAACUCCACGCUGUACCGCGGCCCCGUGGACCCCGCCAACUGGUUCGGCAUCCGCAAGGGCUUCCCCAACUGGGGAUACGUCAAGAACCACCUGCAGGUGCUGCUGCUGCUGGUGUUCGAGGCCGUGGUGUACCGGCGCCAGCAGUACCACCGCAAGCAGCACCAGCUGGUGGCCCCCGUCACCGAGACCGUGUUCGAGGACAUCUCCCGCGAGCACCUCGACCUCAGCCUCGUCAACUGCGCCAAAUACUUCAUCAACUACUUCUACUACAAGUUUGGCUUGGAGAUCUGCUUCCUGAUGAUAGUGAACGUGAUCGGGCAGCGGAUGAACUUCCUGGUGAUCCUGCACGGCUGCUGGCUCGUGGUGAUGCUGACGCGGCGGCGGCGCGCGGCCAUCGCCCGCCUCUGGCCCAAGUACUGCCUCUUCCUCGUCAUCUUCUUCCUCUACCAGUACCUGCUGUGCCUGGGCAUGCCGCCCGCCCUCUGCAUAGACUAUCCGUGGCGCUGGAGCCGUGCCAUUCCCCUCAACUCGGCCCUCGUCAAGUGGCUCUACCUGCCCGACUUCUUCCAGGCUCCCAAAUCCACCAACCUCAUCAAUGAUUUCCUGCUGCUGCUGUGCGCCGCCCAGCAGUGGCGCGUCUUCGAGGCCGAGCGCUCCGAGCCGUGGCUGCGGGCGGCCGGGAGCAAUUCUGACCGGCUGGACCGCGAGAAGGACCACCACAACCCCGCCCCAAACUUCAUCUACUGCAAGUCCUACCUGGACAUGGUGAAGGUGGUGGUGUUCCACUACCUCUUCUGGGUGGUCCUGGUGGUGGUUUUCAUCACCGGCACCACCCGCAUCAGCCUCUUUGGGCUGGGCUACGUGCUGGCCUGCUUCUACCUGCUGCUCUCGGGCACCGCCAUGCUGCGCAAGUCGGCCCGCGCCCGCCUGGCGCUCUGGGACUGCCUCAUCCUCUACAACAUCGCCGUCAUCAUCUCCAAAAACAUGCUCUCGCUCCUGUCCUGCGUCUUUGUGCAGCAAAUGCAGAGCAGGUUCUGCUGGGUGAUCCAGCUCUUCAGCCUCGUCUGCACCGUCAAGGGCUACUACAACCCCAAGGCGAUGCACAAGGACCACGACUGCACGCUGCCCAUCGAGGAGGCCGGCAUCAUGUGGGACAGCAUCUGCUUCUUCUUCCUCCUGCUCCAGCGCCGCGUCUUCCUCAGCUCCUACUACCUGCACGUCAUGUGGGACCUGCGAGCCACCGCCCUGCAGGCUUCCAGGGGUGUGGCACUGUUCAAGGCCAGCAUCAUGAAGAGCCUGCGCUCGCACCAGCAGGCCGAGAAGAAGUCUCUGGACCAGCUGAAGCGGCAGAUGGAGCGGAUCCGAACCAAGCAGCAGAAGUACCACCAGGAGCAGGCUGCCAGCGCGGAGCAGGAAGGGGACAAAGCAGCUCCUGGUGGCCCGGCAGACCCGUCCCGGCAGAGGGAGCGCUGGUGGCGGCCAUGGUUAGACCAUGCUACAGUGCUGAAUUCUGGGGACUACUUCCUCUUCGAGUCGGACAGCGAGGAGGAGGAGGAGGUGCAGGAGGAGCCACAGUCGGGGAGGCCGAGCGCCUUCCAGCUCGCCUACCAGGCCUGGGUGACCAACCCCAACGCGGUGCUGAGGCAGCAGCAGCAGCCUGGGCAGCCACAGCCAACGGGCACUGAGAGCCCUACAGAGCGCAGCACCGCCCUGCAGCGGGCAGUGAACACGCUCAAGUUCCUGUGGCUGCUGUGCGAGGCCCUGAUGGACGGGCUGGCCCAGUGGCUGGACACACAGACGCGGGAGCACACGGACAUGUCCCGGGUGCUGUGCCUCGAGAGGUUCGUCAUGGCAGAGCGGCUGGCCAGGGGAGAGGAGAUAAACGAGGAGGAGUUCGCCAAUGAGCUGUACGACCUGCCGCCAGAGGAGCUCCUGCAGGAGCCCAGCCCGCCCACCUCCCUGGCUGCAGCGUCCCUAGCUGCCCCUUCUUCUGGCAGCCAGGAGCAGGAGAUCAGCGUGGAGGACGGGGCUGAUGCCCAGCAGUUCCUGACCGUUCCCCAGCAGCGCAAGCGGACUGCCAGCGAGCUCCUCAGGAGCAGGAGGUUGUGUGUCGCUGAGCUGGAUGAGUCACAACGGUUCUACCAGUCCCACAACCGGUUCCUGAAGCUGCUGCUGGCCGGGUACCGCUUCGGGACCGGCCGCUCCGAGCUGCUCUGUUACUUCACCAUUGUCCUCAACAACAUGGUCACUGGCUCUGUCCUCUCCCUCUUCCUGCCCAUCCUCGUCUUCCUCUGGGCCAUGCUUUCCAACCCCCGGCCCACCAAGCGCUUCUGGGUGACCGCCAUCAUCUUCACCGAGAUGAUGGUGGUGGUGAAAUACCUCUUCCAGUUUGGCUUCUUCCCCUGGAACGGCUACAUCACCCUGCUGCGCAACGAGGGCAAGCCCUUCUUCCCACCGCGCAUCAUUGGCCUGGAGAAGUCCAUCUACUACAUCCAGUAUGACCUCCUGCAGCUCCUGGCCCUCUUCUUCCAUCGCUCCCUGCUGCUGUCCUAUGGGCUGUGGGACCGGGAGAAGAUGACGGACGAGAAGCAGCGGAGCGUGGAAGGGGAGGAGAAGCCGGAGGAAGCCGUGUCCCCACCAUCAGCAGUGGCUGAGGAAGGGCUGGAGGCCCCAGCCCAGCCAGGAGCACUGGGAGCAGCCGCGGGGCUGGAGCUGGAGCCAGAGGAUGAGUCUGUGGAGCAGGAAGAGGAGAGUGAGGCCACGCAGCUCCGCUUCAGGAAGAAGCAGGGGAGGAAGACAACGGAGGUGGUUCUGGUGGAAGGGGACGAGGAGGAGGAGGAGGAAGAGGAGGAGGAGUCAGAAGAGAGCCACGCUCACAGGAAGCUGAGGGCGUUUUGCUUGCAGGUCAAGGGCUUCUUCCUCACCAUGGCACGCGACAUAUACCAGCCAGUGUGCAAGUUCUUUCGGGACAUCGUGGACACGCAGAGCCGCGCGGCCACCGACGUCUACGCCUACAUGUUCCUGGCCGACGUGGUCGGCUUCAUCAUCAUCAUCUUCGGCUUCUGGGCCUUUGGGAAAUACACAGCGGCCGCCGACAUCACCUCCUCGCUGUUGGAAAACCAAGUGCCAGAGGCUUUCCUGUUCAUGCUGCUCUUCCAGUUCACCACCAUGGUCAUCGACCGCGCGCUCUACCUCCGCAAGAGCGUGCUGGGCAAGCUCGUCUUCCAGGUCAUCCUGGUCAUCGGCAUCCACAUCUGGAUGUUCUUCAUCCUGCCCUACGUCACCCAAAGGUUGUUCCGCCACAACACGGUGGCCCAGCUCUGGUACUUUGUGAAGUGCAUCUACUUUGGACUGUCGGCCUACCAGAUCCGCUGCGGCUACCCCACCCGCAUCCUGGGCAACUUCUUCACCAAGAAAUACAACUACCUCAACCUCUUCCUCUUCCAGGGGUUCCGCCUCGUGCCCUUCCUGGUGGAGCUGCGCGCCGUCAUGGACUGGGUGUGGACGGACACCACGCUGUCCCUGCCCGACUGGAUGUGUGUGGAGGACAUCUACGCCAACAUCUUCAUCAUCAAGUGCAGCCGGGAGACUGAGAAGAAAUUCCCCCAGCCCAGGGGGCAGAAGAAGAAGAAGGUGGUGAAGUAUGGCAUGGGCGGCCUCAUCAUCCUCUUCCUGGUGGGCAUCAUCUGGUUCCCUCUGCUCUUCAUGUCUCUGGUGCGCUCCGUGGUGGGCAUCGUCAACCACCCCAUCGACGUCACCGUCACCCUCAAGCUGGGGGGGUACGAGCCUCUGUUCAGCGCGAGCUCCCAGCAGCAAUACAUCAAGCCCUUCACCGACAAGGAGUACGAGGACCUCACCAAAGAGUUUGAGGGCAAGCUGUUGGCCAUGCAGUUCAUCACCAUCUACGACGUGGAGGACAUCGUGACCGCCCGCAUCGAGGGCAGCUCGGGCUCGCUGUGGAGCAUCAGCCCCCCCAGCCGCGAGCAGAUGCGGCUGGAGCUGCAGAACGGCUCCUCUGACAUGACCCUGCACCUCAGCUGGACCUUGCAGAGGGACCUGAGCAAGGGGGGCACGGUGGAGAACGCCUACGGCAAACACAGCACAGAGCUGGACCCCGGCACGCCCGAGCGCCUGCAGCUGGCCGAGAUGCUGGAUGGCACCAGGACUGAGCCCGUGGCAUUGCAAAACCUCUUCCCCAAAUACAUCCAGGCGUCCACUGGCCUCGAAGCCGAACCCAUCGAGGAGCUGCAGCCAGAUGGCGAGGAGAACUUCCUGGACGUGGAGCUGCAGCUGAAACAGGAGCGCAGGGGCUCUGGCCCCGGUGAGCACUUUGUGGAGUGGUGGGUGCUGAGGCAGAAGGACGCGCCAUCCAAGGUGGGCAGCAUCCUCCCCAUGGUCAUCUUCAACGACAAAGUCAGCCCCCCCAGCCUGGGCUUCCUGGCUGGCUACGGGAUCAUGGGGCUCUACGUGUCCGUGGUGCUGGUGAUCGGCAAGUUCGUGCGGGACUUCUUCAGCGAGGUGUCGCACUCCAUCAUGUUCGAGGAGCUGCCCUACGUGGAUCGCAUCCUGAAGCUGUGCCAGGACAUCUUCCUGGUGCGCGAGACGGGCGAGCUGGAGCUGGAGGAGGAGCUCUACGCCAAGCUCAUCUUCCUCUACCGCUCGCCCGAGACCAUGAUCAAGUGGACGCGGGAGAAGGAAUAAGGGGGGAAGGGGCCGCAGCCCCCUGCCCUGGCAGGGACAUCACCGCCAGUGCCUUAAGCAGCCCCCCAGGCUGGGGCUGCAUCCCGGCCCGGGAGGCACUGCGAUCUGGGCUUCUGGGCGCUCCCCUUUUCUGGAUGUUUUUCUUACAUUGCUUUGAAGCCGUCCGACGUGCACAGACCGCGUUGUGCCUUCCCGGGGAGGGGGGACAGGAGGUGGCUCCCUCCCCUCCCCACCCACCGGGCACCCCUGGCUGCCAGGUGGGGAUGGGGGGGUCAAGAGCCAGCCCGUGCCCCCUCCCUGCCGGCCCCAGCCCUGCUCCAGAACCAGGUUGAACUCAAGCAAUAGCCCCCCCCCCUCCCCAGCUCCAGGAUGGGGGUCCUGGGUUGUGGCCCCCCCACGUUUGAGGAGGUCUGGCAGCCCCAGUUGGA